GCAAUGAUUUAGAAGUUCAGGAAUCCCACGUGACGUCACCAAAGGGUGAUGUAAUGCUUCUCUAAAUAGAUCGUAUUGUAAUCUUUCCUCAGUCCAACGUGGUUCCUUCAGAAAGUGUGCUGCAUCUUCUCCAGACUUCUGCGGUAUAUGAGGAGCCAGUGACAGUGAUGAACUCCGAGCAGGAAAGGCCGUUCGUGUGCAUUGCCCCGGGCUGCUCUCAGAGAUUCCCUACAGAGGAUCAUCUAAUGAUUCAUCGGCACAAGCAUGAGAUGACCCUCAAAUUCCCCUCCAUCAAAAAUGACAACAUGCUGUCAGACCAGACGCCGACCCCAACGCGCUUCUUGAAGAACUGUGAGGAGGUGGGUCUUUUCAGCGAGCUGGACUGCUCCAUUGAGCAGGAGUUUUGCAAGGCUCAAGAGGAGGAGGACAGCAAACAGAACAUCACUCUUCAUGGCCAGGGGGGCCCUAACCAGCACCAGCAGACCCACUCAAGAAUGGCCAACCACGACAGCAGCAUAGUAAUCCAGCAGGCACUGCCCUCGCCCCAGUCCAGUUCGGUCAUCACUCAAGCCCCUUCCACCAACAGACAGAUUGGGCCAGUGCCUGGUUCCCUUUCCUCUUUGCUGCACCUGAGGAACAGACAGCGACAGCCACUGCCGGCCUCCAUGCCUGGCACACUGCCUGACCCCACUAUGCAAGGAUCGUCUGCUGUUCUGAUGCCUAUGGAGAGGCAAAUGUCUAUGGGCUCCAACAUGAUGGGCAUGCAAGGCCCCGCCCACAACAGCUCAUGCUCCUCCCCUCAUGUUCCACCCAUGCACUCAGAAGCAAAGCUGAGACUGAAAGCUGCACUUGCCCACCAUCCAGGGGGCAUGGCGAACGGCAGCAUGAACUCCAUGGGUCAUAUGAUGGAGAUGAUGCCAUCGCGGCAGGAUCAGGCCGGUCACCACCACCUGCACUCUCACCCUCACCAGCACAUGCAGGGUCCGCCUCACGGAUACCCACACCAUGCCCACCACCACCACCCCAGCCACGCACAGAACGCCCAUCACCACCCCCAGAACCACGGACACCACAACUCCCACCCGCCCCACCUGCACCCUGCACACGGACACCAGACCUCUCCGCACCAACCCAUGCACUCCGCUGCUUCACAGUUAUCUCCGGCUGCGCAGCACAUGCAGCCGACGCAGACCCUUCAGUCCCCGCCGCCCAGCGGAGGUCGUCGCAGGCGGGUCAUGGAUGAAGACCCAGACGAGCGCAGACGGAAGUUCCUUGAGAGGAAUCGCGCAGCCGCCACACGCUGCAGACAGAAGAGGAAAGUGUGGGUGAUGUCGCUAGAAAAGAAAGCAGAGGAGCUCACCCAAACCAACAUGCAGUUGCAGAGCGAGGUCACCAUGCUAAAGAAUGAGGUGACACAACUGAAGCAGCUUUUAUUGACACAUAAGGACUGUCCCAUCACCACCAUGCAGAAAGAGUCUCAAGGUUACCUCAGUCCAGAGAGCAGUCCGGCAGGGAGUCCCACCCCUGUAACCCAGCAGCAAGUCAUCCAGCACAAUACCAUCACCACCUCCAGCACGGGACCCAAUCACCGCACAGAUAUUAACCCCAUCCACUAGAGACUCCACCCCCUGACGACACCCCAUCCCCCCUUACACGCUGGACAUCCCGACUCUGGACAGACACACACCUCUGUGCCUAUUUGGCAGCUUUUUCGUCUGUAAUUUGUAAAUGUAAACUGAUUACCAUUUUGCUAAGUUCUGUUUGUUUUAUGUUACCAUUUGAGGAAAAAAUGGGCACCAUCUCGCUUGUCUCGGUUGUUGUGAAAACACAACUGCUACAUUUGUUCCUGGAUUACUACUGGACAACUGCCUUUACAAAUUGCAAAAUUCAGAUAGCUGGAGAGCUUUUGCUAGGAAUUUCCCAUUGCCAAAAAGAUCUUGUCCUUACGUUUCUGUUUAUUGUUAUAACAACUACUCUCACAUUCCCCUUUUUUAUCUAAUUCAAAAGGAUAAAUUAGGAAGGCCAGUCUCCAACUGGGAAUUCGCAACGAAAGUAACCUGAAGCAAUAUGAAUCGUGUUCACUUGCUCAUUCUGACCAGAAUUUAGAUACCUACAGUAUUGGCUCCCUUCAUUUCAGAUGUCAUUUCAAAAGUUAUCUUUUUAAAACAAAACAGCUUUGACUCCUUCGCUGGUACAGAUCAUGUAAAUGGAAUGCAUUUAUCAAGCUCACACAGGCUCCUGUGAGCAUAUGCCCCGCUGAACGUGUGUGAGAUUUCAGAGUAUUUCCAAAGUGCUGAGAUCACAGCUGCAAUCAUGUAGCACCAGGAAAACAUCUAUCUUGGCGUUUAAGUCCGAAUGUUUUAGAAGAUGCCAUCAGCUGUUUCAUUUUAAGCUGGUGCAACUUCUGGUCAGAUUUACCCCUGGUCCUCAUUAGUUUGCACACUUCUUUUACCGGCAGUCAUUUCAGUAUCUGUUUCGGAUCAGAGAGUGGACUAAGUAUUAUGCACAUUCUUGAGUACAUUUUUAUAUACGUUAUGUACUCAUCAAUGGGCCUUCCAACCCCGUCCUAAAUGCUCCUCAAGUGCGUCUUGCACCAGAAUAAUGCCAUGGAAAACUUUUGGAAGGAUUUUGCUUCACCUGAGGCUAUGGAAAACUUCCACGUGAGCCAAAUGCGUUGUUAAACGCUACUUCAAAUCAGCUUUCGUUUUGGCUCAAAACAUUGUUUAGAUCUUCCUCAGGCAUUCUGACUGUGUGAUCAAUUUAAUUUAAUAGGAUUUAUUGUGAUAGGAAAUAUUUUGAUACAUCCCAGUUUAAAGUUCUGGUUUGUUUGCUGCCUAGGAAAUCAUGAGGCUUCCUUCUUGACAUGGACCAAGUUCAAUUCUGCACUUGAGUAUAGUCCCUGCGAAACUGUCAAACCUCCCUAAAGGUUCUGGAAAUGUGCCGUUAAAUUGGAGAUGUUAGUAUACAGCCAGCAUCUUACUGUAAGGGGUCGUUCACAAAAGACAAACACGUUCUUGCGAUUAAAACGCUGGAUUAAGCGCGAAAGGCAUGGAAAUGCAGGU